GCGGGGCUCCGGCUGCGGACGGCUCCUCUCCUGCCCCGGACGGCACGGACAGCCCAGGUACCAAGAGGGAAGGAUACACCUGAGUGUGCCCAUGGCUCAGGUGCCGGGCAACUGUUCCCAGGGCUCUCCGCCAAACAGUGCCAGCUCUUCGGUGGGACCCGAGCAGAUCCAACACCUCUUGCACAUGUGCAAGGAAGCCAAGAAAGCAGCCUAUUGUCCCUACAGCCACUUCCCAGUGGGAGCAGCUCUUCUGACUGGUGACGGGAGGAUCUUCUCUGGGUGCAACGUGGAGAACGCCUGCUUCCCGCUGGGGGUGUGCGCUGAGCGCACUGCCAUUCAGAAAGCCAUCUCGGAAGGGUACACGGAUUUCAGAGCCAUGGCCAUUGCGAGUGACUCAGAGGAGCAGUUCAUCGUGCCCUGCGGGGCCUGCCGGCAAGUAAUGAGAGAGUUUGGGAGAAACUGGGACAUUUUCAUGACAAAGCCAAAUGGGACGUAUGUGUUCAAGACUCUUGAAGAGCUCUUGCCUCUGUCAUUUGGACCUGAGGAUCUAAGGAAGCCAUGAAGAAUGCAUGGGACACUUGGCCUGUAACGGCACCGAGGAGCCUUUGGACAAUCUUCCACUUCCUGCCUCCUGGAUGGAGCUUUGAUGACACUUCCCAAUUCUGCCUUCUCAGUUGUCAUUCAGCUUCCCCAGCUCUCAGAUAAAGGUGCUUUUGUGUUUUGGGGUUUUUUUUAAAGGGGAUUAGGGAAGCUUUGAUUACGAUGUUUUAAAAUACUACCAUCUUACUAGAAGCUGCAAAGCCAGUGAUUACCCAUGUGAUGGUACCUAUGUAACGUUUAAGAGAGGACUUUAAGAAGAAUGUGAUAGUCUGUUGACAACUUGCCUGGAGUCCAGUGGGGUGGCGUAUCAGUCAAAAUAGAGUUGGGUCAUAAUACAAGACUGAUGUUUCUCAACAUGUUAAAAAGGAGACAGACAGCAAGGGGUUAUUGUAACUAGUGACCAGAAGGGGACAGGAUCUGUUUGUACAUUUCUUCUAAAUCCUGCCACCCUGGAAAAUACAGUGUGCCUUCAGGAGUGGGGGCAUUGGCUGAUACCAACGGAGAGGAAGGAAUUAGCUCCCCAGUAGCACUUAGUAUUAUAGAAAAUUCAGGUGCGAAGGGACCUCAGGAGGUCACAUCUAGUCCAACCCCUUGCUCAAGGCAGGACCAGCCCCAACUACAUCAUCCCAGCCAAGGCUUUGUGUAGCCGGGUCUUAACCUCCAAGCAUGGAGACUCCACCACCUCGCUGGGUAACCUGCUCCAGUGCAUCGCUACCCCACUAGUGAGAGUUUUUCCUAAUUUCUAACCUAAACUGCCCUUGCUGCAACUUGAGCCCAUUGCUCCUUGUUUCAUAGUUUCAUAGUAGGUAGAGUCAGAAGGGACCUGAGCAGAUCAUCAAGUCCAACCCCCUGCCCUGGCAGGAAAAAGUACUAGGGUCAAAUGACCCCAGCAAGGUGUUCGUCUAACCUCCUCUUAAAGACCCCCAGGGUAGGAGCCAGCACCACUUCUCUUGGAAGUUGGUUCCAGGUCCUAGCCGCCCUGACAGUGAAGUAGCGCCUCCUGAUAUCUAGUCUGAAUCUACCCUCUGCCAGCUUGUGACCAUUAUUUCUCGUCACUCCUGGUAGUGCUCGGGGGAACAGGGAUGCCUGCAAUGCCUGCUGGUCCCCCCUGACUAGUUUGUAACAGGCCACUAGAUCCCCCUCAGCCUUCUCUUGUGGAGGCUGAACAGGUUCAGACCCCUUAGCCUCUCCUUGUAGGGCCUGCCCUGCUGCCCCCUGAUCAUGCGAAUGGCCCUCCUCUGGACCCUCUCCAUAUUGGCCACAUCCCUCCUGAAGUGCAGUGCCCAGAACUGGAAACAGUACUCCAACUGUGGUCUUACCAGUGUCGUGUAGAGGGGGAGGAUCACCUCCUUGGACCUGCUCAAGAUGCAUCUGUGGAUGCAUGACAAGGUGCGGUUGGCCUUCCUGACCGUGUCCCCACGCUGUCGGCCCAUGUUCAUUGUGGCAUCAAUGAUGACUCCAAGAUCCUUUUCUGCCUCUGCACUGAUGAGAAGGGAGUUCCCCAGCGUGUAGGUCUGCUGCUGGUUCUUCCUCCCCAGGUGCAGCUCCUUGCACUUGUCAGUGUUGAACCCCAUCCUGUUCUCAUCCGCCCACUCCUGUAGCCUGUCCAGAUCCGAUUGCAGCCUAUUCCUCCCUUCUAGCGUGCCCACUUCCCCCCACAUCUUAGUGUCGUCUGUGAAUUUGAACAGGGUACUUUUCACCCCCUCGUCCAAGUCACUGAUGAAGAUGUUGAAUAGUGUGGGCCCGAGGACCGAGCCCUGGGGGGCCCCACUGCCCACAUCCCUCCAGGUCGAAAACGACCCGUCCACCACCGCUCUCUGGGUGCAGCCCUCCAGCCAGUUAGCGACCCAUCUGACCGUGUAGGCAUCAACACCACUGCCUCCUAGUUUCUUACUGAGAAUGGGUGAGACACAGUGUCGAAGGCCUUCCUGAAGUCCAGAAAGACUGCUACCCCUACGUCUAAGGAUGCUGUGACCUGGUCGUAGAAGGCCACCAGGUUGGUCUGACAGGACCUGCCCCAAAUGAGCCCAUGCUGGUUGCCCCUAAGCAUAACCUCCUGUGCCAGGAUAACUCUCUCAAAAAGCUUACCCAGGAUCAAGGUCAGACUAACUGGCCUAUAGUUUCCUGGGUCCUCCUUCCUUCCUUUUUUGAAAAUGGGAACCACACUGGCCCUUUUCCAGUCCUCUGGCACCACACCAAAGCACCAUGAGUGCUCGUAAAGCCAUGCCGGGGGUCCCACAAUGACCUCUGCUCAUUCCCUCAGCACCCUGGGGUGGAGGUCAUCAGGACCAGCUGAUUUAAAUACGUCCAGUCCCUCCAGAAGUUCCUGGACUAGGUCCUCACUGACCCUGGGUGCACCUCCCCUGGGGCCUGAGGGGGUCCCGGCGGACGGGCUGAUCUGGUCCCUGCUCAGGAAAAUGGAGGCAAAGAAAUUGUUAAAUAGGUUAGCCUUGUUGUCUGGUGCGACAACCAGAUUUCCUAGCUUGCCUUGCAGAGGCCCCACGUUACCCAGUACCUUCUUUUUGCCCCCUAUGUAUUUGAAAAAGGACUUCUUGUUGUCCUUGAUCCGGGUCGCUAGUCCCAGUCCCAUCUCCGCCUUGGCCGUCCUGACUGCCCCCCUGCAGCCCCGAGCACCCGAGGUGUAGUCCUCCUUGGUGAUGGCCCCUCCCUGCCAUUGGGUGUACACCUCCCUUUUAGCUAGGAGACGUUCCCGUAUGCUUUUGGGGAGCCACGGGGGCUUUUGCGCCCUUUGAUCUGUGUUGGGAUUACCUCCCUUUGGGCUUCGAGGAUCGUCUCCUUAAGGAACGACCACUCUUCUUGGACACCCAACUCUCCUCCCCUCCGGGACCUCAGUGCCUCCCCAACUAUUCUUCUUACCUCGUUGAAGUCCACCCUCCUGAAGUCCAGGGCUGCUGCCUUGCUGCAGGCUUUUGCCACCUUGCGCUGGAUGGUGAAUUGCAGCAGGUGAUGAUCGCUGUUGCCCAGGGGGUCGAGCACCCGCAGACCCCUCACCACGUCAUCACCUGUGGCCAGGACCAGGUCCAACAAGGCGUCUCCCCGGUGGGACGGUGCACCUCCUGCAUUAGAUGGAGGUCCUGUAUCUCGGCUAGGAACCUAUGCGGGCGGUCAGACCUGGCUGACUGCUCCUCCCAGCAGAUGUCUGGAAAGGUCAGGUCCCCCAUGAUGACCACGUCUUUUGACCUAACUAUCUCCGUGAGCUGACUUAAGGAGGGUAAGUUCCUCCUGCUUGUUCCCCAUACUACAAGCAUUUGUGUGGAGGCAUUUGAGGCCUCCUGAAGAUGUGUGCACUGCCCCCUAAUCUCAGUACAGUAUUCAUUCUGCUCGUCGUUGGUCCAGGCUGGGCUGUCGUUGUGGGUGUCUCUUGGUUUAUUGGUUCCAGGCUUCCUCCGCCCUCAUCUUCCCCGUCCCCUGAUGAGCCUAGUUUAAAGCCUGCCGGAGGAGAUCGGCCAACCUAGAAGAGGACACACGCUUCCCUUUGGGGGAAAGAUGAAGCCCAUCCCACCCGAGCAUGUCUCUCCUUGCUCUGUCAUCCGCCACCACAGAAAACUUCGUGCAGCUGAGGGGGUUCCUUGGUGGUGCAUCCAUGGAAAUAGUCCUGCCCAACCUCAUUUCCUUGGAUGAGAACUCGGGUUAAGGGACUGGGAACAUGUCAGGGGUGCUGUUACUGUUGUAAAGGAAAUACACAUAUUAAAACUCACUCCUCUUUCUUGGGGUAAUGAUGGUGCCUGAAGGGCAGAGCACUAGGCCAGGACCAUGGAGACCUGGGCUCUGAAUCCAGCUGUGUCCCUGGACUGCUGGAUGCCAAUGGACUAACCCUUUCACCUCUGUGUCCCAUUCUCCCAUUUGUAAAAUUGGGACAAUUAUACUAUUGACCUGCUUUGAAAAGUGCUUUGGGGCCUAGUGAUGAACGGUGUCAAAGCAGUACAUUGUCUUUGUUACUAAGAGCAGGGGGAAAUAUUUUAAUGUGAAUAUAUGCACAUGCAACUCCAAAGGUACAUCCUUGCAGCCUCGUUUGUGAUUGAAGCCUUUCAAAAGAAGGUCAAAUCAGAUUGGACCCCACACGUGAUUUGGUUUUUAAAAAGAAGUAGAAACAUCUCCCUAAUUUACAUAAUUGUCAUCAGAGGAAACAGUUUGCUGGUACAGAAGAUUUAAAUGACCUUAUCUACAAGUGAUCAGACAAAAGAGGAAAAUGACUGAAACCCUGUUCUCACACCCUGAACUAAGAAGUCAACCAGCGAUAUAAAAAUGACAAAGCAUGGUAGAGUUUUAAAAUGCUUUUGAGUGUCUCUGUUCACAAUACCAAGGCAAGAAAGAGCUGUUUUCCAGUCAAAUCCUAUUAUUGUCAACACUUUUCUUUUAAAGUUUAAACAGUGUAGUCCGGAGUCCAGAUUGUCCGUUUUAAAUGAGAAGCCUUUGGACAAUCUUACACUUCCUGCCUUCCACAUGAAGCUUUGUUUGACGCUUCCCAAUUCUGCCUUCUCAAUUGUUGCUCAGCUUCCGCAGGCCUUGGAAACACCGACCAAAAUCACGUGCAUAAUACAGCCUGGGAAGAGCUAACACUGCAAUUCAAACCUUACCUUGCCAUUUGUUCAAGAGGACAGAGCACAACGAGACCGAUGAGAGAGAGGAGCCAGCAGUCUCUCUGCCCAGCCCUGCCAUGGGCUUGCUGUGUGAGCAAGCUAGCUAACCUCCAGUGCCUUAGCGUCCUGCCUGGAUAAUGAUAAAUUAACUUUGAUUGCAAAGCGCUUCGAGAUGCUUGUAUGAAUAAUGCUUGGGUAGUGCCAAAUAUUACCCGUACUGAUCCUAAGGCAGGCGCUCCAGAUUUAUGCUAAGUUUAAUUCCCGUCAGUCUGAUGCAAACUGUUUCAUAAAUGGUAAGAAUAGAAAUACACAUCCCAGAGGACCCACAUUUGUCUGAAGAAUGAUGCUGUAGCCUAAAGAGGCAAACGCACAUUUUCACUGCAUCCACCUACCUCCAAUGUUAUACAGGCGCACACGCAAUUUUAGAGCUUAUGAAACAACUGAGUCAGAGUCCCGGGAAGCUGCUUUGCUGCUUGCAGAUGCAAGCCCUCUGUGAUCAAAUGGAGUAAGAGAUGGAUUUGGUUCCACUUUUGGGUCUGUUCCUGCUGGGAAGGGAAAUUGCACAGAUUAAUAAACCAGUCAAACCCAGGAGCUUUGAAGCGAUGUAAAACCAGUACUUGUAAAGUCAGUGAAUCCAUCAGCCAGCCCUGAAUAAGAAAAGAAAACAGAAACUAAAGGCUUCAUAAAUCUUGAGUGGAAAGUGUUGUUAAUGUAGAGAGGAGGUUAUUAGUAAGCAUCAAUCAAGCAUGUUGCAGUUUAUAUGCCCUUUAUUAUUAUGAAUGAAAUGCCAACGCUGAGAGCG